CGGCCGGGCUGCAGUCGGGGCUGGCGGGCGGCCGGCCCGGUGCGGGAGCCGGGCAGCGGCGCGGAGGCGGAGGAGAAGGAGGCGAAAGAGAAAGGCAGCCUGGAGGGAGGGAGCGCCGAGCCACAGACUAGCACAGCAAAUUCUCCACCGUCCUCUAGCACCCACCAAGCGGCGGCAGUGGCAGUAUCUAGGAAUAGAGAGCUAGAAAUAUAAAAUCACCCCGCUCCUGCACCAUGGCUUUCCAAAGUAGGCUCCCUUCUUGGAUUAUUUUGUGCUCCGUCUGGCUGUUCCGCUUUGCACACACGGGGGAGGCACAGGCUGCAAAAGAAGUAAUACUGCUGGACUCUAAAGCACAACAGACAGAGUUGGAAUGGAUUUCCUCUCCUCCCAAUGGGUGGGAAGAAAUUAGUGGACUGGAUGAAAACUACACUCCUAUACGAACAUACCAGGUAUGCCAGGUGAUGGAAUCAAACCAAAACAACUGGCUUCGGACUAACUGGAUUGCAAAAAGCAAUGCACAAAGGAUUUUUGUAGAACUGAAAUUCACUCUGAGGGAUUGUAACAGUCUUCCUGGAGUUCUGGGGACUUGUAAAGAAACCUUUAACUUGUAUUAUUAUGAAACAGACUACGACACUGGCAGGAAUAUCCGAGAAAACCAAUAUGUAAAAAUAGACACUAUUGCAGCAGAUGAAAGCUUUACCCAGGGUGAUCUUGGGGAGAGAAAAAUGAAACUUAACACAGAGGUGAGAGAAAUUGGACCUUUGUCCAAAAAAGGAUUCUAUCUUGCGUUUCAGGACGUAGGGGCCUGCAUUGCUUUGGUCUCUGUCAAAGUCUACUACAAGAAGUGCUGGUCCAUCAUUGAGAACUUAGCUAUUUUUCCUGACACAGUGACUGGCUCAGAGUUUUCCUCUUUAGUUGAAGUGCGAGGAACUUGUGUCAGCAGCGCGGAGGAGGAGGCGGAGAACUCGCCAAAGAUGCACUGUAGCGCGGAGGGAGAAUGGUUAGUGCCUAUUGGAAAAUGUAUCUGCAAAGCAGGAUACCAGCAGAAAGGAGACACGUGUGAACAAAGGCCAGUGGGAUCUGAUAUCAGGAAUCACAUACAGCUGAAUAUGAACUAUUUGAUUAAAAUAUAAGGAAAAAGUUUAAAAGGUAGGUAUAAAUAAACUAGAUACUUUAAAGUGAAAGUAAGACCUUUUAGCUAGAUGGUCAAGAAUUACUGAAGGUGUUUCUAGCAUGAAAUAAAGAGCUUUAAUUUCUACUUCAAGUCCUCUUUAGAAUUUGUAGAAAGUUGAAUGUUUUGACUAUCAUUCACCCCGUAGUCUUCCGAAUUCCCUUCCUGUCAGGGAGGUGUGGCAUAAAGAUAUAUUUUCUUGGUAUAUCUUCCUUUCAAAACAGUCUAAUGUUCAUAAAGAGAACAAUUUUUACAAAUUUGUCUCUCUAAGUAAUUUGAAUUUCUCUGACCUACUUUGUUCAUGUUCUUCAGCUUUCUGGAUGUGAAAGCGCAGGGAGUAGAGAGGGAAAAGAAAGGGAAAAGAACUAUGUCCACUGUUAAAUAUGACCUCUUUGAAAGUGUUUUCCAAGUGAAGUAACACAAAAUGCUUGGUAUUCUCACUGGUCAGGGCUAGCCAUUCCCUGAAACAAACUGAUGCCUUCAUGGUUCAUAAAAUCUGUUUCAGGUCUCUUCUGUGUUGUUUUUUGGCCUGAAGAUACAAUUGAUUUUUUGUAGUGCUGAUUUGCCUGAAGUAUCUGAAUGAAUUUGGUAAGUCUGAUUAUAGGUUGUCAUAGUUUUGGUGAUACAGCAUCCUCUCCCAAAUGUGGCAUGAAGAGAUGAGAGAACUAAAAUGAUGGGAAGUCAAAGUGAUAAGUAAUGAAGGCAGUCGAAAACCAUCUAGUUUUUUUCAUUCAUAAUGCCAUCAGAGUGGUCCCUAAAAUGAAUCAACUGCAGAACUACUGACAGAUUUAGUUCUCAAUAAACUAGUAGUUUUCAGAAGAGCUGAAAGAGGUGAAAUUGCACAUGCAAAUAGGAAAUCAGGAACCCAGAUCCUAGAAGUGGGGUUGUUGGAUAACGUAGUCAAAUGUAGAGCUCUUUUCCUCUCCAGCCUCUUGUCCUCUGCCCUCUGGCCUGCCCCUUGCUUCUGCUGUCUCCAGGAAUUAGUUUUAGUUUUGCAUUUUACUUGAGGUUUGAUGAAUACGAAUUUCUUCAGCUAAAUUUGCUGCAUUGUUGUUGUUUGGAUGUUUUUUUGUCAGAUCUGCUGCUGUGCACAGAUUUUGAAAUGAAAACAAAACCAGCAAUGAAAUCUAAGAGAAUUUAUUAAUAUCUCCCUUAGUUACAGGGAAAGCGCUAAAACUGUCUGUUUUACUGGUCUGGGAUGCCACUAUACUGAAUUAGCUAUGGUUGCUCAACAGCUGGGCCAUUAACUCCUUAGCCAUAAAGUGUAUCUUCUGUUUGCUCUAAAUGAAGCUUUACUUGGUAUUUAGGAAUGGAAUCUCAUCCUGACAAGUCUGCUGCCCAAAACCAUACAUUUUGCUUCUGAAACAAACGUUCCUGUCCAGAAAUCUUUUGUGAAUGGUGCAAUAGGCAUCUAAUGGCUUUGCUAUAAUUUUCUAAGUUUGCUAUGUUUCUAAGUUUAAACAAAAUUUCCUACAUGAAAAAGAAGCUGCUUAAUUAGAAAUUCUGAGAGGAUUUUUUGGUUUGUUUAUUUUGGUGUGGGUUUUUUUUGUUUUUGUCCAGGUUUUCUGUAAACCUCUCAGAAUUAGGCUACUAAAAAUAAAUCUAAAUAUUCUUUCUUUUCUGAGUGAAAAUUGGAGAAGUCACAUAAAAUCCUCAUUAGGAGUAUCAUAAGCGUACAUGCAUUCUGUUUAAGAAAAAGUGAAACAAAACCCAUCUAGAAAACAAGGUUUCAGGAACUGAAAAAAAGAGUUAGUAGGUUACAGAGAAACUGAAAGUAGGGAUCAAUUAGUGGAAGAGCUGGUGAAGAACAUGUUAAUAACUAUUUACCUAAUCUACUUCAUCUGUAUCUGUAAAACAUCUAUUAUCUCUAUGCUGAAAUGCUGUUGAAAGUUUUUCAAGAAAGCUGCAGUUCAAAGUAUAAAUUUUUCUCUGAAAAUAAGAAAAUUUAAGUAAAGGGCUGAGUUUGAGGUUAUUUAAGAAGUUAGACAACCAUAUGGUGUGAUCUAUGUUUGAUACUGAAGCUGAAAAAAAAAUGGAAAUUAUGUGGGCAAAAUGUUUGGUUAACUAGAUUAGAUUUUGAAUUUUGAUGCAUCCCAAACUUCCUCUGUUAUUGUGAAAAUAUUGCUCCUCUGCAACAAUUCCUGUAUAUUAAGUAGUAUUAAAUCCUUAAGAAUAUCUUUCUGUUUUCACUUGGGAAAUGAUGGAGACAAUUUUAGUGCAGGUUUUCAGUUAAUAUGCUUAUUAUGACUUGAACUGUGGACUAAAAGUUAAUUCUUGCUCCUUGACUUCUCAGCUGACUUGCCCUAUACUGUGUGAGCUCUGUCUGCAAUGCUAAUUUAGUUAUUAGAAAUGGUAAAUCGUACACAGUGUAUUGUGGAUUGACGCUUUUUAGAUUGAAAAUAAAUAAAACACGUUCAAAUUAAUAUCUGCAAAGUCAAAAUGGAUCUUUUGAAGUUUUUUAAUAAGCUAUAUAAGUUAUAUACAUUUAACUUAAUUGCAUUUUUUUUUUUGCCUCUGCUAAAGGUACUAUAACUAUUACUUCUAUAAAAAACUUAAGGCUAGAACCAAAUUGAGAGUAAAACAGUUUGUAAGAGUUUCCUUCAAAGAAUUAGAAAAGUAUAUUCAGGGAGCUUAUUAAAAGCCAAGCACUUGAGAGGAAAAAUAUGUAGGUAAUUUCUACUGUAAUCCUUCACAGUAUUGUGGCAUCAGAGAACCAGAAAAAGGGCAGGUUGACUAUUUAAGUCAGCAUAAUCCUUCUUUAAUUUCAUAAAAAGAAGCCCCUCUUUACAGAAUGGUGUGUCUAAUUUCUUCUAUAACAUAGCAUUAUUGUGAAAAUAGCAGAAGUAGCAAAUGCAUUUAAGAGAAUUUUAUGAACACACUUCUCCUUACUCAGAGAAGCUUUUAUCCCUGUGCACUUCCUAAUCUUUGUGCUGCUGCUGUCACAGUGAGUUCUCUUGUCCCUAAUAUUAAUGAAAAAUAUAUGCUGCAUGUGAAAGUGAAUAGUAUCCAGUUAAUAGCUCACAGCAGAAGCUGUGGCAAUCUUGUGUUUUAUUUCUUGCUUUCAGACACAUCAGCAAUGUGUGCCUUGUGGCUCUGGUGAAAGUAUUUUUGUAUAUUUUUCCAUUAAUGACUGUUUCUGACUUCACAGUCCCCCUAAUAAACACAAAACACCAACAAAAAGGAGAAUGUCUGUUGAGUAUUUAACACUUUUUCCUUCUAUUUUUCUUCAUUAAGAAAAGAUUUUCCAUUUAGGAAAAAAUAUCUCUUUGAAUGUAUAUGCUCUUCGGAAAAUUUUGCUUAAUAUCAAGCUAAUUUAUAAGUCUAAUUCAGAGUAGCAAAUGCAACUAAGUAUAAAACUUGCAUGCAAUAAGAAUUUGGCUCAGAUACUGUAUUUCUUGAGUUUAGAUCCUGUCAGGGCAUGUAUCUGUACAUUUUUAUUUAGCUGGGUGGCCCCGCUGCUUGUCUUAAGGAGGAUAAAGUUGCUCAGAUCUCUAACAAACAGGGUUUUUUACCCAGGGUAAUUUGAUACUUUAACCUCUUAAUUUUUAUGAUUUGGAUUAGUUACAUGUGUCUCUUGGCAAGACAUGGCUCUACUGCAAUAAUAGUACCAAGCAUUUUUCCAGUAAAAGUCUUAAUUAACUUCAGUUAAUAUCAUCUUAUAUCUGUGCAUACCUCAAAUGUGUGCGACUGAUGGGUAAAAAAAAAGGAAGUACAUGAUUGAGAAACACAAUUACUGUUACUAUUUUGUAAUGUAUUUAGUAUACAUAAAUGCAAAAAUUAUUUCUUGUUGUAAUUGUAAAAUGCACUAAGGCUUUAGAGAGGCUGGAGUAAGUCUACAGCAGACUGGAUGCUGAUUUUCUUUUUAAUAAAAAAAAUUCUGAUACUAUGUAUUACCAUAAGUAAACAUGCUGAGAAACUGUAAAAAUGAGGUUUCUACUUUUCACUAAACAAGUUAUAAAUGUUUUAAGGAAGUAAUGCCUAAUGCAGGAAACUAUCUGUAGAAUUGCAAGCUGAGGCACCAUCCCCAGAACUUAAUGGAAAGAAUCCUAUUAACUUAAUGAGAAUAACAUCAUGUGUUGAUGUUUUCCUACUGAGGAAAGUGCUAAAGUUUUAGGUAAGUGUAAGCAUAUACUUAAACCUGAAACUUCUAGGUUGAUGAAACAUAUUUAAAUGCAUGCUUUAUUAGAAUUUUAAGAAUUGCAAUAUUGUGCUGCUAUAAAUGUACACAGAGAAGUGAAUAUAAACAGCGCCCUAAAAUUCCCCUGUGGUACAUCUCCCACUGAUGAGAUGCAUAAUCUCUAGUAUAAUUAUUGGCUAUAACUUGUUAUUAUUCUUUCCUUGCAUGUAGUGAGUAUGAAAUACCAUGGGUUGUAGAUGACUGGUGUUUGUUUUGCAGUGGAUGGAACAUGGAGGAUUAAACUUUUGUUGGGGGGUGGUCAAGUGGUUUUUGGUGGUCUUCUGGCAGGUGACUAAUGUGGUGGCCUUAUGUAGUCAUAUGCAUGUGACCUGCUGUAUGUUCCCUUUCUUUGUCUUACUGCAUGUGUCCUCAUAAUGUCACUAAAGUGCAAGUGUCCCCUGAGAGUUGCUAGAGCUAAUUUUUCUCAAAUGACCAUGUAUAUGCUUUAUUUCUAGUCUUAUAACAUAGUGUAUGUGUGCAUAUUUUCCUAUGUAAGUCUAAACCCAUGUAUAGGAGAGGGCAGAACAUCCUUCAUCCACUUGUGAUGGACCAUCAAAAUAAAACUCAGGAGUUGUAUGGAGCUUAUAUUAAUGGCCUGAUCCACUUGACCUGAAAAGUUAAAAUGGCAUGGGGCCUCUGACCCUCCAAAUCCCACAGUUUCUCAGUUUAUGGGCUAAUGUUUAUUUGUGAGUAGUAAACAUAGUAUUUUUUUAACUUCCUGAGUGUACCAGCUUUUUUUUUUACACUAAACUAUUUCAAUUACUAUGUGGUUAGAUUUUGAGAAAGAAUGAUACCUUUAAUGGAAGUGUGUGCGGUGUCUAUUUGAAUCAAUCAAUUUGUGUCCACAGAGGGGUAUAGUUGCUGUUGAGAAACUUAGUAAAUCUCUUAUAUAAAAUACUGGAACCCUUGCUUAGCUACCAUGAAAAUUCUAAAGAAUGUUGGCAAUUGAGGUUUUGUAAGUGAAGUUUAUUGUAUUCCGAAAAGUUUGGCAGUUUGGGUGCCAAACAGCUGAUCUCUAAUAAUGCUGUUCAAAAAUUCUACUAAUUACAUGUUCAAAAUUUUUUCUAUGGGACACGGUCUGAGUGGACAACAUGUGGCUGUGACCACUGGCCAUAUUUAAAUGAUCUCAUGCAACUCAUGUUAUCCAGGCUUAGGUAAAUUAUUUUUAUUGCUGAGGAGAAUUUGAGCUUGGAUCUCUUGCUUCAAAUAGGGCAUGUCUCUUAACCGACAUGCAGUCACUGUUAGAAGGUUUUAUUAGCUACUGCUGAAACUUGUUCUCAUAGUGUAGCAGGUAGAACCGUUCAUAUAGAGUGACAGAUUCCAAUGCCUUAGGUUUAUGAGUUUUCUUUUUCAUAUAUUUAUUUAUGUGACUAUAUAUAAUAUAUAAAACACACUGACAUGCAUAUAAAAUAUAAACUAUUUAAUGUUUACUAUUUUUGCACUAGUGAUUCCAAAUAUUGACAUAAUUUUGUUUUGACUAAUUAUUUGCAUUGUGUAUAUACAUAUUUAUUAGGUGAAUGGUAGAACUGGAGAAAAAGUUAUACUGAUUUUUUUUUUUUGCUUAUAAGAGUGAUGUGUUUGUAUGUCAAAGCAAAUGGAGAUGUAUUGAUCUUUUCCCUUGUUUCUGCUAGAAUGUAUAGGUUUUUUUAAGUCUUAAAAUAUUAAGUAAAAAAAUGUAGCUAGGAAGAAAAAAGAUCAUAUGGAGCAGAUUUUUUAUUUUAAGAUGAUAUUUGGUAUUUUGUUUUUAAUUGCUACAUAGAGAUAGUUUUGGAAUGUAACUGGAAUACUUUCAAAGAGAGGGUAUUCUUCCUUGAUUUAAUUUUCUUGUAUCAGGCCCAUGAUACACCCUCUUAGCUGAAAUCAAGCAUUGAAACUUGGAUAUUUGAUUUCUCAAGUUUCAAAAUGUCAACGUAUUUUUUCUUGAUUGAUUUAUUUGCACAGUAAAGAAAUUAAAUAACUCUCCAUUUUUUUUUUUUUGUUCAAUUUAUUAAAAAAGGUUUGUUCUAUAUUGUGACAUUGUUCUGUGCUGAUUAUGCAAGAAUACAUUUGUCUGUUAUACAGAAAAAUUGGCAUUUUUCAAGGUGUGGUAAGUUUUAUUUGCACUAACUAGAAAAAAAGAGUAGUGAUAAUGUCCUUUCAAAUGAUAACUAAAGGAAAUGGAUAUUGUUUUAACUGUUAGCAAACCCCAAAGCUCUGCGUUGUCACCUAAUUAUCUCACCUAUGGACAUCUCAGCCAGAUUUCAUCUGCAGUCUGAUGCUGGGAAGUGUGAAAGUAUCAUGUGCUUAAAAUCAUAAGAAGGAUUGAAAAUCAUAUCCCCUUGUGCAGAUGGAAUAGAAUUUUCAGUCUGUGGUCUCUGACUGUCUCUUCUCUUUACUUAACACUUAUAAUUAGUUGUAUAUCAAUUAAUUUUCUGAUUAAAAGGCAUAAUUUUUUGUCUUUAUGAUGCAUAUGCUUGUCUGUCUGCUUUUGUUUGUCAGUUAAAAUAAGUCCCUACUUGUCCUAUUACUGAAAAAUGUCUUGUCAGUGGAAUUGCUAGUGGAUAAUACUGGUAAACAAGGGAGAGAAAUGGCAUCUUUUUUUAAAACAGUUUUUCUUUUCCCUGGGCAAAUGCAACAUAGGAGGAGACAAUGACAUACUUACUUUUGAUCUUUUAUCUUAAAGAUUUUCUGUCAUAUUUAGAGCUACAGUCAUUGUAUUGUGUAUUAUUGUUGUAAAAAAUCAUGUAUCCAAGAAGAAAAGAUUCAAAAUUCCAUGACAAGUAGAGAUGAAUGGUUUUUAGAAAAUAAAGCACAGGACAAAUGAUGUGCAGUAUCUGAGUAAGGGAUUUUAUUUCCCUCCUUAAUACAAGGACUAAAUGAAAAUGCAAUACUUGUUCUCACAAAACAAACCCCACUUUUAUAAUUCUGCCAUUUAAAGACAUUUUGUGUGUUUAAGGAGUGACAAGGGUAUUCAUUAUUAAUUAACAUUCAGGAGAUAACUGACUGUCAGUUGCCAGUCAGAGUGGAGCUUGGAAGAAUGUUGACAUUGAUUGAUGGACAUUAUUCUGGGACUGUGCACAAACAACCUGCUCAGGUCAUCUGAAUACAUAGCAACAUUACAGAUCAACUCCCCAUACACAAAAAGCUUGGGCUGUCCUUUCCAACAGGAGGAUAUCCUUCCAGGUAUCCUAGAUUCCCUUGAUUUUUAAGCUAAGCCUUCACUUUCCUGCCCUGUGGUCACCAGUUAAGAAAACUUCAGUUUUGUGUGGUAUAUAUGGAUAAAAAAAUGUCACUGUUCUGUUUCUAGGUGUUUGUGAUUGUGAGGUGCUUAAGCAUUCAGCUUGAAGCAAUAUCUUUUAUGUUGCUUUUUGGAGUGCUAUAUGUACUUACCUAGUGGAUAUAUACUAAUGGAAUUUUUUCUAUGGGCAGAAGAAAAUCCCCAACCCCUAAUUUAUAUUGCUUCAAAAUGAUGGAAGUGGUCUUUCAAUCUUGCCAUCUCUAUGGUCUCUUCAGAAGUGAGUUUUAAAUAUCUGCAGUGAUACCAGUUGCAUGCAUCUUCUGGAAUCAAUAAUGUAUUUAGAUUCAGUGAAAUGGAGACACCCUUAUGGCACACUCACACCUCUUUUUAAAGGAGGGUAUAAGCAAGCUCUUAGUGUGUCACAUGCCAGUUCCAUGUAUCCUAAACUGAGUAGCCUGUUCUCUGUGGGAAGAGUGUCUGAACUUCUCCUGCUUCUUGUGGUGGGCGCCUGCUUGUGCAACAGUGGUAGUACUUAACUAAAGAAACAGAGAAUGGUAAAUUAUGGGCUGUAGAGACUUGCAGGGAGGUGACACUUUCCUAUGUAAGUGAACAGCCUGGUCAUCAAUAUAUGAUAAGCACCUGCUGCACAGAUACUUAUUUCUCAUCAUUUUUCUCAAUCUUAAUUUUUUAAAUAUGCUUCCAAAUAUAUAAUGGUUAGAUUUAUUAACUAAGACAGAGGGCUGCUCAUUAAGGUGGUUGAAAAGGAGAGCAUAUGAAUGGAGCCCUUUUUCCGUGAUUAUUCAUGGGGGCAAAACUCCUGUGCCCCAUGUGUUACAUAACUCUGUAGGUUAAAAAUUGGAUCUGUCGUGUCUUCUUUAAAAUCCUCAUAACUUUUAGCUUUGGGAGACAUUGCAGUUCCACCCACUCCAGAUGGAAGAAGCGUGCUGCUGGGAAUCCCUUGCCAAUCUCUGUCCCUGAUAACAGUUUCUGAAGCAUAUUGGGGAAAUCUGUUGAGAGCUGUUAAAAUUUCAUACUUAUGUGCCAGUUUUCUCUUUCUCUGUUUCUUCCAAGUACCCGCUACUGGGGUUCCUUAAUUCUUCUUUUGGGGCUGGCAGGGUGUUCCUGCAAUGAGGCAGAGCCCACUGCUUUUACCCAGUGGAAAAGGGCACCACAAACGUUUCUGUUGCAAAACUGCUCGUUUUCCCUUGGGUAAAAUCUUGCUUGCUUUAUUCAUAAAAAAAAAAAAAAAAUCAUAAUGAGUCCCUUGGGACUGCUUGUGAAAGUAAGAAAAACAGGAAUUGGCCCCAUGUCAUAACCAUCUGUUAUUAACACAAAGAGCAAGGGCCCAGUCUUGCAGUCCUUGCUAAAAGCAGUUUGUUUAAUAGGAAUUACUACAAAUAUGAAAAAUGUGUGUUUUCCUCAUUACUGUGACAAUAUUCCCUUCCAGUAGUGAAAAAAAAAAAGUCAUCAUGAAUCUUGGUGUACAAUCACACAAUUGCAUUAUUUUAUAUUAUGGUAGGCUGUAUGCAAUAAACAUCUCAUUCCAAGAAAUAUAUGUAUUGCAGUAUUUUCAAAAAUCACUUCAGCUACUUUCACACAUAUUUUUUUCAUAGUAUAUCUUUUUAUUUUAUGGCUGAAUUAUGACUGGGUUUUCUUUUCUACUGUUUUUAUGUCUAAGGUAAACCUUUUCUUCUUAUUUUUUUUUUAUUUUUUAUAGCAGUUAGUUUGAAAUUUUUUUUCUCUCUUCCAGCAGAAAAUAUUUGACUUUUUACUCCCCUGCCCCAGACACACACACUCUCCAAUCCCCUCCGUCAAUUAUAACUAUGAGUGUUACUGGAAAACUGAAAUAAUUUGAUCCAUAUUGUCAUGAUACAUCAUGGCAGAGAGGUAGUUUUGGUGGCUUGUUACUUCCAUUCGCCUGUAGGAUGAACUGCUAGUUUGGAUUGCAUUUUUUUUUCCCAACUUUGUUAUCUCCCCUAUAUUUUAUAUUUCUAUCUUCAUAUUUGAGAGGAUUUUUCCAUACUAUUCAAUACAAACCCCAUAUCUCUGUAAAUGAUCAGAUGUCUUCCUGCCCAUUUGUUUUUCCACCAGUUCAUCACUAGUCCUGAGAAUUAUGCCCAGUCCCUGCAAAGUAACUUGAGCCAUGAGUGUUAAUAAGAGCAUUUAAUCCAUGCUCCUUCACUUCUGGCUAUAAAUCUGUUAGGCAGAACACGGGUUGCUAUAAUCCUGUUGAUUGCACCUCAGUGGCAGGCCAGUCCCCUGGCAGGCUGUAGUGCCUUUAAGGGUGCCUUUGAACAAUCGGUCUGGCACAGAGCACAUGCAGCACAGCCCAGAAUCUGGGAAAAUAUAUAAAUUAUGAUAGGAGGCUGCAUGUUUCCAUGGUGUAUGCAGAAAAAAAGGAAUUGCUGUAUUGGAUCAAACAAGUGGCUUGUCAAAUCCAUUACUCUUUUGCCAGCAAAUGUCCAGUAGCAGAUGUUUGGAAAAAAAGAAAUGAAGGAACAUCAGUUUUGCUUUUCUUCAACCCGAAAGCAUUCUCUAAAGCUCUGUUAUGUCUCCUUUAUAUAAUUUCUCCUGUUAUUUUGUCAUUCAACUGUUAGAAUAAUUGUUUUCAUUUCAUGUUACAGAUAUAUUCCAUAUAAGCUUAGUGUAUUUUUAUGAUUUUUCUUAAGUUUGUGCCCUCAGAUUGAAAUAGACCGGAAAUUCUACAGAUGUUUGUAUUAUUAACUAUUCAAGCCUUAAAUUGAUACUUUGAACUUGACUGAAAAGGCCCUUGAGGAUCUGAUGUAGAAGCAUACACAGUAACAUCACUAAACUGAUUUCUGUGCAUUUAGAGAUGUAGAUUUUUAACAGUUUGAUGGAGAAAACUAAAUUCAUAAUUUGUAAAAUGAUGUGUAGAACAAAUACAGUAGAUUUUUUUUACAGGGAUGUUAACAGCAACUUCUUUUUCUAUAUUUAUAGACACUUUGGGCCAUUGAAGGGUUAAUCCCCAACCCCCCCAGGCAAGCAGGGUAUCACUUUCCUUAAAAUGCCAUUGGGAAACCGAGAUAAAUGGUGAAGCAUUUUCUGUGUUGACAUGAUGUUCGCCUGUCCGAUUGCAUCCUUCCCAACAGACAGCAGAGAAGCAAUUACAAAAAAAGACAUCUGUGCCAAGGUUUGGCUAGCCAGGGAGGGCAAGCUCUUGUGUUUAAGAGGUAGAGAAUCCAAUUGAUGAAAAUGUCUGGGCCUGUUAGCACCAAUAAAGCUGAAGGCCACUGGGAAGCUCAGGGAGGGUCUUUUGUUGCGAAGAUAGAAAAGAGGCCGAAGCUGUGACACUUGGGGAGGAAUAGGGUCAGCCAGUACGAUCAUCCAUCUUCCUCAAUGGCAGCUUUCUGUCAGUUUUUAACCCUGCUCAGCAGAGGAUCUAAACCCCUAUUGUUGGCACCAGCCAAUUCUCAGCCAAGUGUAAAUGAAGUUAAUAUUCACUGACCUUAUGCAUAGCCAAUGAAGGCCCUUGAUGUCAUCCUGGAAAUAAUGUUAUCUGACACUUCAAAAAGCAGAUGUUGGCAGGUUGUUUGUGGUUUUUUGCUGAGCCAGUACGCAGAGACACAUUGUGUAGGCACCUUGCAUUUAAACUGAUUUCCAUAAUAACCACAAAUAGGCCUUUUUGACCUUAAAUUGACAUAGUUAUGGUUUUAGUUUGCAUAUCAUUAUAUGCUGCUCACAAAGCAUUGCUAACUUGCACUAAGUGGUCAGGGAGAAGUAGCUUGGUUCACUUAGAUAAGAAAUAUAUGGGUCAGUGAGCAAAAUUUAUUUAUGCUGAUAAAACAGUGAGUAAUUAAAAUAGUUUAAAUAGUUCAAAGCAGACAUUUUUAGAGCAAAAUGAAGAAUAGCAUUUUAUUUUGCAACCUACCUCCAUGAAAGGAAAUAUAUAACAAGUAAAAAAAAAAAAAGAAAAGAUACCACUUUCAGAGGUACAGGCAGCUUUUAUUUUAAAAGGCCUAUUGCAAGGAACCAUUAAUGUCUUCCUCUGUACCCAGUAAUAUUUUGUCAUGGUGAAACAUGUUAUUCUAAUGUUUUAAUUACAGAAAGUUAAAUAAUUAUUACAGGUUCCACUUUGCCAGAAUUUUUUCUAAGACAGAAGCGUACUGGUGAUAUCUGCAUAUUUGUACAGUGGAUUUCAUCCAGAUAGAUCCCCAAGCCUUGUGCAGACUUUUAGAAACAGAACAUAUCCUCUUGUGUAAAAGCCAGUGUCAAACAUAUGUUGUAACUCUAGGGUGAAACAUUGUGGUUCUUUUUAAAACACAGUGCUAUUUCUCAGCAGCCUGUGGUUCUGAUUCGACAAAGGUUAUAAACAUGUACCACACAUGGGAGGUGAAAAAUAUUUGAUUUGGUUUAUUUUUCUUGUAAAUUAGCUGUAAUUCUGGCUCUUGUGUGCUUAUCUUAUGUGAGAUGAGCAUAAUAACAUAUGGUAAUAAAGUGCAGAUGCAGGAUAAGUAGUCAUUAAUAAAAAAUUUCAGCUGUAUCAACCAAUGAACUUGGCACAACCAUGUUUUUCCCCUCUGUGUACAAAAGGCAGCAGCAGGUAACAAAAAUCUAGAAAAUUCUCUAUUAUGACAUGGUAUUAGUAUUAAAAAUAUGUUUGAAUAAUGAUAGUACAGUUACCACCCUUCAGGCUGUGAUGCAUUCCUGUCCUUUUGAAAAAGAACUCAAAAUAUCAUGACUUUUUUUUUUUCUUAUUUUUUGGUCAAAGAAUGAGUUAAUCAUUGAACAGAGAAAGCUUGAUAAUCACAGUUGCUUAGGAGGCAAUUAUCUGACAAGCUGGCAAAGAUGAGAAAUACCAGAACAGAUCUGCAUCUAAUUGAAAUCACUCAAAUCUGAUCUUAAGAUAAACAGUCCUAGUAUUUUUGGAAACUGUGUUAUUGAUUGUGUUCUUCCCAUCAGUUAUGUUUGUUUGUACCUGUUAGAGAAGUGAACAUGUUUCUUGUAGUAACAGAUUUCCUUAGAAACUCAUCAGCUAGAGAUUUCUCGCUAUGUCUUUGCUCAGUAUUAACUCGCAUCAGAUGGGAUUUAACAAAAAAAAAGAGAGAAAUAAAUUCACUAGGUUCCUGGAUGAAAUUUUGAGGAAUUAGUGAUGGAUUUUGUUUGAAGUACAACAUUGUAUUUCAUUAGCUUCUGGUUAUUUGUGUGAUGUCUGUGACAUAUGAUGGCUCAGUCAUAUAGUUCAGAUGAUUAAAAGGCUAAUUUUAGUUUAGAACUGAUUUUAAUGGGCUAUCUGAUAGGACUAAUUUGUCCAGAUAGAUAAAUCAGAUUCUCCCUCCAUGCCUGCCCCAAUCUUAUAUUCAGUUUAUUCUACAAUUAUUCUGAAAACACAUGAAGUUAGCUGAAAAUUUCUGAAAUACAGAAUUACAGCCAGCUACUGAACAGUGUGGAAUGAGCAAUGAGCCAGAGAGCACUGAAAGCAAUGAAGCACCUUAGUGGUCCUUUAACAAGCCCUAAGUCUGCUAAGCAAGCAAAUUAAUUUGUUUAAGACUUUACAAAGACCCAUUUCUUCUAUAGGUUAUAUUGAGUAAUAACCAGAUUGAGGCACAUUUUUGUUUUACUAUUCUCCUGUAAAGUGGUUCAUUUCUGGCUCAGUUUUGUCUGUCCCUUUGUCAGGCUUUAUCCUAUGAAAAGUGUAGAAUGCCAAAGGAAACAUCAAACUGACCCAAUUCUGCCCUCUCCUCCCGCAGAAAUGGAUACUGAACUACAAAAGUUUAUUUUCUAUUUCUGGUAGGAGACUGUGAAAGAGAAAUUUGCCUUUGUGAAUUAACCCAUGGACAGAUUGAUUCAUUUCAUCCUGUUGGUAUUGAAUAUGUUCUUAUUUUAGUUGAAAGUUUGCAAAAUGCUAGCUUUCCAUGGGCAGGCCACUGAAGAAGUGAUCCAAAAAUAAUAUAAAUUGAAAGUGUUUGGUUUAAUGUACUUUUCUAUUUGUUUGUGGGUUUUUUUUUUUCCCUUAAACAAAGCAGAACAAAACAAGAAAUGCUUUGGAGUAAAUGUCAGCAGAAGAUUCAUUAGGGGAUAGGCACACAGGUAGCUGGGAGGUGUGGGGAGGUGGUUGGGGUCUCUCCUGCUGAUGGAAGGUACUACCAGCAGUGAGUUUGCUGGUGACAUUGGUGCUGUGUCUGGGAUUCUGAUGGAGGAAACCUGUCAGGGGCUGUGAAUACGAUGUCCUUGCUUAGAACUAGGUUGUUUUUGCUCUUAAUUAAUCUCAUCUGUAAGAGGCGAGGUCUUCAACAGCAGAUUUUUUGGCCAUUUCCAUUGUUUAGGAUAAUAUACAAUUUUCUGGACUCUGGUUCUCUGCAGAAAUAGUCUGUAUAGAUCUGAGUUCAUUUGUAUUGCGUUGUUAGCAUGGCUGUGAUUUUCUCUGACAGUUACAUCAGCUGGGAAGAGAAGAAUGGAAUUAGAUAUGAAAAAUUGCUUUGUUCUCCAGAGUUUCUAGAAAACAUCUUUGAAGCUCUACUGUGAAGUCUGUAGCGCAUCUGCAGAUGAUUUGUACUAAUAAAAAAUAGCCAGCAAAACUCUGUUGGAGAAAAUAAUAUUGGAAGAAAAAAACCACAGAAAAAUCAAUUGUAUGAGGAGACAGAAUAUUUAGUACUGACUCAUCUUCCCUAAUCAGUAGAAAAAUGGAUUAUAUGACUAAUAAAGAAUCACCUCAAAGAGAACAGUUAAACCAUACACCAUUUUGUUGAACAGAUCAAAAAUAUUGUAAAUAACCUACCAAUAAUGAAAUACAUGGUUUUACAACAAACAAAAUAUGCCAUAUGGGCGAUAAAAGGAUCAAAUGAAUGCCGUAAAGCACCUGCUGUCAGAUUGAAGCCUGGGAAUAUAUCCCUGGGGAGAAAGAAGGAGAGGGUAAGUCAGUUAUGAGGAGCUGUGGAGGGGUGAGGAGAUACAGUCUAAAGAUAAGAUUUUGGGCAGGGGCUGAGUUUGAGGAGGAUGGUGAUGAUUCUCAGCUUAUACUCUAUACUUCAGUGUGCCAGGCAGUGGAUAUGUCAAAAGGUGAUGAGCACAAAUGGAAGGCAGGAGCUCUCCUUGCUGUGGAAGGCAUUUCAUCUGACGGCUGGCAUAGCACGGCAAAGUGGUGUCUGAAUGCUUUGCACAGCAUUUGUUAUUUGCACAUAACCAACGCCUCAGCCAGUGGGGGUGUGCUGGGGAGCUGCUGCCACUAAUGUCACAGCACCACACAGCCACCCUUGCUCUGCUCCACCAGUUCUUUACUUAGAGCUCUGCCUUUGUUUUGUAACGUCAAUAAUGCAAAUGUACAAGAAUAAAGGUGAGGCCUGACCUUGCCCCUUUGAAAUGACUGGAAGAUUGUCUUUACCUUCUGUAAGCACUAAGGUCUAUUUGAUGCCUCUCUUUUGUUUUUUGGGGUUUUUUUAAUGGCAACAGUUUUCAAAGUGCCUUUCACACACAGAGAGAAGAUAAUUUUUUAACAGAUGAAUUAUCUGUUUUAAUAGAUGAAAUAUCAAUGGUAAAUAUUGUGGAAAUACCUUUCAUAAGUAACAAAAAAAAGAAGGGCUCAUUUGUAAGCACAGCCAUAUCCUUACUUAGUGAAGGAGAAUAAGGUAACGUUCUUCCUCUUCCUUGCUGCUCCUCUUUCUCCUCAAAUGGCAGAGAGUGUGACAAAAAUUAGGUUUUUGUAUUACCCUUGCAAAAGACCUCACUGUGUUUUAUCCAUAUGGCAAAAGAGACAGGAAAAAUGCCACUAAAAAAACCCAAAAAACAAGAUGCAAUUUUAAUUUGUGAUCUCAGCCUAAGGUGAUCGGGCUCUGUGCUUUUCAUUAUGCAAGCUGGAAUGUCUCUUUUCUCUAUGCACCACCAAGUGUGUGCAAAAUUGGAAAUUAAAGAUGAGCCGAGUAAAAGAAGAAUGGUUCUGAAGCUGAGAAUUAUUGUUUGUUUGGGUUUUUUUUAACUUCUUUAGCUUUAGAUAGACACACAUAGCUCAUGUAGCUGAAAUACUUGGAUCCCCACAAUAUCAGGGAUGUCUGAAAUAAAAAUUAUUCUUUAAUCCCUCUGUAUACAUCUGUUCAGUCUCUGAAUGUAAUUGGUUCAUCUUUUCAAAAUAUUUUUUACAACUGGAAGAAUAAAAAGCCAUUUUUUUUCCUCAAGCUAGAGUUUAGGUGGUCAUUCAGAAACAAUAGCAACAACAAAACCACGUGAUUCUUGGCACUGGAAUAUAAGAUUGUUUUAGAAUUAAGAAAAAAAAAAAGUAAGAAAUUGGCAACUUCAUAUGCUCAAGCGUGCUUAGAUUUUGAAGCCCAUUUAAAAACCCUCAUUUAAAAUAACUGCAAAAUUAUUUUCUUUUUGUAUUUGUUUGGUUUAGGAUUCUUUUUCUGUGGUUGUUUUGUUUUGUUUUGUGUUUAAUAUUCUUUAUGAUAAACCAGCAUAUCUUGAAGGACUAAACCAGGGAUCUUAAUUCAUGUCAUAUACCACUGACAGGACUGCUUAGGAAGUGACAGUCUAAUCAUAAUAAAUUUGAGCAGCUUUUACCUGUACAUAAUCAUCAUAGGCAAAGUGUCUUCAAGAGUGGGAGAACAUUUAUUUGUUGCAUUGGUGUAAAGGGGGAUGUCAUUUAACUUGUGGAAACAGUUACCACUGAUGAGGAAUGGGGAGGAGAGAAACCCCUUGGGGGCUUGGGAAGAUCCAAAGUAAAAACUGGGUUUGUAUUGCUGAUGAAUAGCAAAACCAUCCUUUUUCUUGCAAACUAAGCAUACUUCCUGCAGAAUUCACCAAGCAGACCAUAAGCAUGAAUAGUUGUCUCUCUCCCAUAUGAUUGUAGAGGCCCUUGUGGAGUGAAAUCUUUGCUACAGUCUGCGUGUGUAAAAUACUCUCUACAGCGAAACUGCAGAGGACUUUGAGUACAUGAGAUCCGGCUCUUUCACAGCCUCUCCCUUGCAGCACAUCAGGGAACACGGGACUUACAUUCCAAUGUCUGCGUAAUUAGAGUCUCCCUGUGGGGUAAUUUUAGGUUAAAAGUGAGGAAAUAUCCUUCUACACUGAGCAGCAAAAGGCUUCUAGUCAGGGCACACCUGUUCCUCCGUGCUGAAGAGUGCAGGAUAAAACAGGAACUGUUGGUGUAGAACAAAAAUAUCAAGGAUAAUCCAGGUUUUAAAGUGGUUUAAACUGAACAGGAGCACGACUUACUCUGUUUGCAUGGUUAUAAUCAGGAACAACUGGAUGUGAAGACUGCAGUGAACCUUAGCUUGCAAAUCAAAUGUUUAACUAUGAGUUCCAGUGUCUAGCUUCUUUAACACUGAAUGCUAAAUGGGGAUAAACUACUGGAUAUGCAAUACCAGUCUGGUUAUUUCAGAACUGUAUUCCUCUGCAUUUUUCUACUUUGCAUGUGUUUUUUACUUCCACUGAAGUAAUGCACAGUUCUCUCAGUAUGCACCCAUAGAAUUUUACAGCCUUGCUGCUGCCCAUGUAUGUUAUGACAUCUGCAUUCCUGGAAUGACCAACUCCUGCUCUGCUGAAUUAACUGAAAUAUCCCAUUAUUCACUGAGUUUCUUUGCAGCACUGAGAGGUAACACUUAAUCCUAUGCUAAAAAUAAAAGCAUGGUAAAGUUAUGCUGGACAAUAAAAUAAGUUUGAAUUUGCCUCAUGGCAUGAAGUGCCUCUUGCCAGCUCUUGUAGUGUUCUCACAAGCUUUAUGGCUAUUUGCUGCUGUACAGUUUCAGCUCCUGCAGAAAUAUAUUUCAGUUUCUAUUCUUGAAUUUUUUAAGGGUCAGCUGUCAAGCACUUCUGAUGUUUUACAAAUGUGUAGUUAAGGAUAUCAAAAGGAGAUAAUAAGUGAUAAGGGGUAAUCAAAAAAGAAAAAUAGAAAUGCUCAUAUUUUAAAAUCUCCAACGCAAAUAAGUAGAGGUGACCCUCCUGCAGUUAACCCUUCUGUAUGCAUAUCAUUCAUUAGCCAGAGAGUUAAAAAUUUUUUGUUCAUGUAUUUUCCAGUUAUGGUCUAUUUAAGGCUGUGUGAAAGUCCCAAAUAAUCUGUUUGCUUCAAAGGAAGAAAGUAAUGCCUUCUAUGCGGUAUUAUUUUAGGACUAAGAGAAUGCCUUUCUAUUUUUGUCACAAAGCUGUUGCCUAUGGUGCACCUGAGACUUGAAGGGGGUCAUCUCAAUGGAGUUAAAAGUGGUUGUUCUUUUAUGAAUAAAACACCGUGUAUUAUGUUUGUGCCUGUCUUGUCUGCUUUCACAGGGGCAUCUCAUUAAGGUCAUUAAGAAGUCAUUGAUACAUUUAUUCUCACCACAGUGAGCUAAUAACAUUCAAAGGCAUUAGUAUCUGGCUACUGUGCAUUUGCAAAAAGUUGCAGUGCCAGGUCAGCGCACAUCCUGCUUUUCUAUGAUGAGAAAUAUUAACAUAUUAAGUUAAGCCAGAAACAGAUAUAAAAUAUUUCUAGUGUCAGCUUUCUGUAUUACAUUUUACUUUUUUUCAUGUUCCUAUAGUACUGAGGUAGGUAAUUAGCAUAUCUUAUGGAUAAUUUUACAUUGUUAUUUUCAAUUUGAAACAAUGAUUAAACAUAGUUUGACAAACUUAUAAAAUGAUGUAGUAAAAGGUAAUUCUCUAAUAUGACCAGGAAUCUCAUGCUCUCCCUUGCUGCCUCAGUAAUCACACAGAAUUAAUAGAAUCUCACAGUACGCUGGUAGAAAUUAAAAACAAAACAAAAUUAUGUGUACAUCACGGACAAGCAAAAUAAUUUUCUUCCUAUUUGGAAAAUGAUCUCUUUUAAUUUGGCCACUGGAGCAACUAUAAGUUCCUAAAAAUCAUAAGCUUUGUGUGGAAAAUACCACUUUCUACAAAAUAUUCCAAUUUAUGCAUGUUUUUCUGCCACUACAUCUUAUUUGCAUAAGAUAGAUUCAUCCAUGUUUCUAUGAAAACAAAUGGUAAACCUCCUGCUGAAUUUAUUUAUCAAGAAUUGCAUAAAAACUGGAUGCCAUUUUCUGUUUAGCUAUUCCCACUGGGUUUUCACUGGUGGAAGUUAGAAGGUGUAAUUUUGGCCUUGGUGAUGUGAAUGGUGUGAGUCUUAGUUUAAUUGGACCAGGAAUUGACCCAAAGUAUUCUGCUUAUUAUCUUAUAUUAAUUUUCAUGACAGAUAGUUGUGAUGUCACAAAGCAGAGACAUCGUGGGUAAAACAGACAUCUAGAGGAGGUGCAUUUCUAAGCCUCACAGACCAUGAUUUAUUUUAAAUUACCUGUAAGAGAAAACAAGUGGUGUAAAAUCAGUGAUGUUUAAAGAUGUUUCACACCUUGCUGUCAGAAAGAGUUAAUGUUUUUAUUGUAUAGUGGUGAAAAUGAAAAGGAACGUUAAAACUUCUUUCUGAUUUUUAGCAUAGCUGUAAUGAAUAUGCUACAUGCACUGCCUCCUAUAGUAAAUUUGGAUCUGAACAACGUACAGGACACUGAAUGAUACAGGAUCAAGGUUUCUCUUUCUAUUUUGAUUCCAAAAGUGUUGUCCACUGUCCCAGGAGAAGUGAACUUCAUCUGACGUGACUUGACUUUACAUCUGCACAGGAGGUUACCCCUUGUAAAAGAGUAGAGUUGUGAAUGAAACCUUUGUCUUCAGCUUCCUUGUAAUCCUGCAGUACAGUUGAGCAUGUUAGCUCAGUUGGAAUAAUGUGCUGAUUUUCUAAAGAUGAAAAAGAAAAAAAAAAAAUUAAGCCCUUUCCUCAUUUUAGGUUCCCACUUCUGUACUCUCUUAAAUUUCACACUACCUGCUUUGGUUUUAGCAACUCUGAUUUCAGUCUGUCACCUUCCCUGGCUAAAUGUAAAAAAUGAUACGCUCCUCUCCUUGAAGGAGAAUAUUCAAGAAAUGCAAUCCCAGUGAGAAUGCUGUUUUGUAGCAGCAGGGAUUCUUUUUUCCUGUCAUUUUAUUAAUUUGGUCUCUGUUUCAGAUCUUUAUCAGCACCUGUCCUUUUAAGGAAACAGAUUAAAAUGUCUGGGGGUAAACAGAGGAUUGAUUUGGUGUGAAUGUACAGCUUCUGUGCUUUUACAAUACAUGCAGUUAUGAACAGGGAUACCACAGGCUUUAAUGUCCUUAAGGACUCUUAGCUGCUUUCCUUCCUUGCCUUUGUGCAUGCUGAUUUUAGUUCUCCUUUCACUAUAUUAGGCAUAAAUUAAAUGUAUAUUUGAAAAUAUUUUCCUUUUAUUUAUAACAAGGAGCAUGUUGUAUAAAAUGCUGGAUAAUGCCAUUAGGGCUGGAGAGGGGCUGUCCUUUACAAAACGGUGGAGAUAUAGAAGAAAAUACUAAAGAUACUUGGGUUAAUAAAAUGAUAACAAUAUUCUGAAAUAUUACAGAAUAUAUCGCAGUAGCUCAAAUAUAUUGAUGACUGUCUAACUGGGUUAGAGAUAAAAGCAGUAGACAUGCAUUUGCUCUGCUUGCUCUCAUUUAAUUUCAUCAUAGUGAGUCACAUAGGCAUCAAGAUUUAUAUGUGUCUGAUAAGUAGUCAGGAUAGAGAGUGCUAAUGAUGGUUGUAAUGCUUUCUAGAAUUCCAUUUCUUCUGACUUUGGUUGACAUUGUGACUCUAAAUACUGCAGAUUCUAGUAAGUGGGAGACAGAAGGGGGGACAACCUGCCUCAGAAUUCAUGCCAUAUUCAUCAAUAUUUAGUCAUCCAUAGGUUGAUUUUUUAAAUUCUCCCCUUCCCCCCAUGUCUGGACAGCAGAAUGCAUAGUGCUUCUCAGGGAAUAUUUAUCAGAUUGGAGUGUGCAUUUAUUGGAAGAAAUUCAGGGAAAAUAAGCCAUAAACCAUGCUGAGGGUUUUUUGGUUUGGUGUUUUUUUGUGGAUUUCUUUUUUUUGGUGUGUGGUUUUUUUUUUUUUUUUUUUUUUUUUUUUUCUUUUGCAAGGAACUUAUUUGUCCUUCAAUUCAUAGAAAAUCUUCUUCAGUGCAGAAUAGAGAGACUUGGCUGAGUUUUACUGGUUCACAUGGGACAACUGUCUCUAGCACAAUCUGUUUCUGCUGAUGGCCCUAGCACUGACAUGACAGAUGCUUGGAAAGCUGCUGUCCCUACUGCCGCUGCUGUUGACACCAUUGCAAAUUCUUAAAGGAAAGUGGCAAGGAGUCUUACUCUAGUUGAAAAAGAAGACCCACAGUUAAAAAUAAGGUAGCCUUUUACAGCCUGAUCCUGUGGGGUCUCUCGCUGUCAAGUGCUUUUGGAUGGUUUUAACUCCAGGUGGUGGGUUGAAGGUCUUCACCUCUUUAAAUGACUGUGGUAUUAAUAGGAGAAUUUAGAAUAUCGUAAGGUGUUUGCACAUCUCUUACUGUCUUCAUUUAUAUGACUUAGGUGUUUGCUGCUGUUGUAGCAGUGGUCCUUAGAGGAGCUACUUUUCCAGGACAUGAACAAAGAGAGGAGUUACAGUAUUGCAGCUAGAAAGAACAUGGGAAAAGAUAGCUAUGGGCAAUUUCCACAGCUCUUAUUAAGUAGCAAGAGCAAGUAUAGCAGAGAAAAUCAAUAAAAACUCCUUGUCUACCUUCUUACCUCCACAGCUGUUUCCUGAAACCCACAAGAAAAAAAGAUGCAGGAAUAAAGCAUUUAUCUUCAAUGUGCCUGUCUGUUAGGUACAUCCUAUGGCUGACAGCAAGGCUCUUUUCCACUUUAUCAUUUCAUGCUUGUUUUGGUGAAGAAGAGAGUCAGUUAUUCUAUUUAAUGGUAUCAGCUGUUAGAAAGUACUCCCUAUUCUAGUGAUAUUUUCCAUUGAGCAGUUUAAAUUCUUCUGAAAUGGCACAGAUUUUACUGAAGUCUGUUGUUGCUGUUUAGUGUGUUUCAGCCAGACCCAAGAAGAAGAAUCAAUUGUUUCUAGGGUGCUCCUCUACAUGUACUUAAUGGCAAUAUAUGCCUUCUUUGCUCCUAUUUUUCAUUAAUUAACCAGAGAAGAUAGAGAAGUUGAGCUGGGUCUGCUAGCAAAAUUGUAAAGUGCCAGUGUGGGGAAUGGAUCCGAAACACAAAUUUUGACUUAGUAGUCUUGUUACUGAUUAUCCUUUUACAUACUUUUCUCCUAUGAUGAUGGCUUAGCUUAGCGUGAAAAACUGGACAAAUACCUAUUGUAGGUAACAGAGAAGUAGGAAUGAAAUCUCGAAAUAAAACCAAGUGAGGGUUUGUUCCACUUCUACUUUGUACUUCUGUUUAAAACAGAAUAGAGGCCAUAAACUUUAAAUUUUCAGGCUGUACUCCAGCUUAUCAUGACUAAGGAAGUUUGAAACAGAACAGGGUAACCGUCUUUCUGAAGCUCUUAAUAUGAAAUCUAGCUUAAUGGCUAUUACCACAAAGAGAAGGGUACAAAAAUGUACAUUAGACUUAGAGGUACUUGAAUAAAAUAAUUUUGAAGAAAAAACAAUAUUUUGCAUUUUGCUCUACUGAAACCAACUGGAACAAUGGCUAAAACAAUGAAUAAAUGUCUGAUUUUAAGCACUUUUCAUGAUGUGACAUAAGAACAUUGUGCAUAUAUUGUUGUUCACUUGGUCACUUCAGAAUGAGGACCUAUGAAGACAGACUCAGUGAAAAAGUAUGUUAAGUUCCCUAAUGAGGGAAUAGGAAUUCAGAACUGACAGACAGGUUUGACGUACACAGUGUCAGGAAUUCGAGCGGAAGAAGACAAGGCAAUAAUAUGUCAACAUGCCUGGAAGAAUAGUGUACAUGUUCUCUGAAAUAAAAAUGACAAACUAGAACAGCUGAGUUGCCAUGAUGAUGAGUUACCAGGCUCAUCUUUUGGGUAACGUAUCUGUUGCCCAGAGAAGGUGUGGAUUCCCCAUCCCUGGAAGUGUUCAAGACCAGGCUGGAUGGGGCCCUGAGCAACAUAGUCAAGUGGAAGGUGUCCUACCCAUGGCGGGGGGUAGGGAUGGGAGUUUGGAACUAGAUGAUCUUAAGGUACCUUCCAACCCAAACUAUUCUAUGAUUCCAUUAUUCUUUCAAGAAAUAGGUACUUCAAGGGAAUAUGUGCCCAAGUUCAUUGAAAUGUAAAAUAAUUUUAUUUAAAUAAAUUGAGAAUAGAGAAAAUGACUGCAGCUUUAAAAUGCUUUUGAUGCAAAAAGAAAAUUAAGGAGAUAAUGCAGAUGUAUGGAUUGCCAAAUAUUAUGUUAUUCUUUUAUACAGAAAAAUUGCCUUUUCCCACUCUACUGACAUAUUUAAGCAUAGCUACAAGCUUAAUAAAGUAAACCUAAGCCCUGCACAAUUAAGGUAACUCUACAGAAAAUUAGGAACUAAAAAGAGCAGAAGUUUGCUUUGCCUGUUUGACCUUCAUGAGAACAGCAGUACUAUCAAUCUUUUAAGUUUAACAGGAGUGGUAUAAAAUUUGAGGAGGAGGCAUAAAUUUCGCUGCAUAUGCAAAAAGCUUCAUGUAAAUGGGCUAUAUACCUGUCAAAUCUUUAGCUGGACAAUAUAGACUGAGAUAAUACCACAAGUCAAUCUCUUCCUCAAGUUUUGUGUUAUUGGAUUUGAUUUACUCGUAAAACUACAUAAAUCCCAGCUAAUCUUUGUGAAUUUUGUGUCUGUCUGAGGUUUUGCUUUGUUCCCUGUUCUCUUCUGACUUUCUCAUCUGAAAGAGCUGCUUUAUGUGGAAACUACUCAUCUACCAGUAUGACUUUGGAUUUGUUGUCUUCAUUUAUAAGACUGGUAUUUUUUCUGGAUUUUUUUUGGGGGGGGGCUUUGUUUAUUUGGAUUUUUUUAAGCAGGUCAGUGCACACAAAUUCUUGUAUUUCUAUGUAAAAUUUUAAGUCUGCCAACCUGAUAGAAAUACUACAAAGAAAAAAAGGAGUAUUUUAUUUUGAUAUGCCAGUGGACAUAAAUAAAAGUGCUAUGUGCUUAUGCAGUGUCAGGAAGAAUUUAUAUUAAUUUUUAGAACAAUUACUAUACGAUUGAUUAGACUGUGAGCCUUGCUGCCAAAGGAUGUUGUAGAAACAUAAUCACGGAAAAGGUCAAAUAUCUGUAUUUCUAAACUGUACAGCAGAAACCCUUAGUUCUGCAGACCAGUUGUGGCUGGUGGAAAAUUUUAUAGCAGCUUCACUACAAACACAAAGCAGGUGCUGUAAGUGAAUGCAG